CGGGAGUAGGGGGGUGAGGUUGGAUUUAGUAGGGGACCUGCGGGCCGGGGCCGUCGCCCGACACCUGUGCCGGCUUUUCUCCCUCCGUCGAUUCGGAGGAGCCGGGGCGACCUCGGCCUCCAGCGUCUCCGGUGAACUGACGUGGGGGUGGCGGCCGGGAUGGUGAUGCUGGGCUUACUGCAAGCGGGCAGGUCGGUGCUGGGGCAGGCUAUGGAGCAAGUAACAGGCGGCAACCUCCUAUCCAUGCUACUCAUUGCCUGCGCCUUCACGCUCAGCCUGGUCUACCUGCUCCGCCUCGCCGUCGGCCACCUGGCCACACUGCCGGCUGGGGCGAAAAGUCCACCCUACAUUUUCUCUCCAGUUCCAUUCCUUGGACAUGCUAUAGCAUUUGGGAAAAGUCCAGUUGAAUUCCUAGAAAAUGCAUACGAGAAGUAUGGACCUGUAUUUAGUUUUACCAUGGUGGGCAAGACGUUUACCUACCUUCUGGGGAGUGACGCUGCUGCACUGCUUUUUAAUAGUAAAAAUGAAGACUUGAAUGCAGAAGAUGUCUACAGUCGUCUGACAACACCUGUGUUUGGGAAGGGAGUUGCCUAUGAUGUGCCUAAUCCAGUUUUCUUGGAACAGAAGAAAAUGUUAAAAAGUGGUCUUAACAUAGCCCACUUUAGACAGCAUGUUUCUAUAAUUGAAAAAGAAACAAAGGAGUACUUUCAAAGUUGGGGAGAAAGUGGAGAAAAAAAUUUGUUUGAAGCUCUUUCUGAGCUCAUAAUUUUAACAGCUAGCCAUUGUUUACAUGGAAAGGAAAUCAGAAGUCAACUCAAUGAGAAGGUGGCACAACUGUAUGCAGAUUUGGAUGGAGGUUUUAGCCACGCAGCCUGGCUCUUGCCAGGCUGGCUCCCUUUGCCUAGUUUCAGACGCAGGGACAGAGCUCAUCGAGAGAUCAAGAAUAUUUUCUAUAAGGCAAUCCAGAAACGCAGAGAAUCAGGAGAAAAAAUUGAUGACAUUCUCCAAACUUUACUAGAUUCUACUUACAAGGAUGGGCAUCCUUUGACAGAUGAUGAAGUAGCAGGCAUGCUUAUUGGACUGCUCUUGGCAGGGCAGCAUACAUCCUCAACUACCAGCGCCUGGAUGGGCUUCUUUUUGGCCAGAGACAAAACACUUCAAGAAAAAUGUUACUUAGAACAGAAAACAGUCUGUGGAGAGAAUCUGCCUCCCUUAACUUAUGACCAGCUCAAGGAUCUAAAUUUUCUUGAUCGCUGCAUAAAAGAAACAUUAAGACUUCGACCUCCUAUAAUGACCAUGAUGAGAAUGGCCAAAACUCCUCAGACUGUGGCAGGGUAUACCAUUCCUCCAGGACAUCAGGUGUGUGUUUCUCCCACUGUCAACCAAAGACUUAAAGACUCAUGGGUAGAACGUCUGGACUUUAAUCCUGAUCGCUACUUACAGGACAAUCCAGCAUCAGGAGAGAAGUUUGCUUAUGUGCCAUUUGGAGCUGGGCGUCAUCGUUGUAUUGGGGAGAAUUUUGCUUAUGUUCAAAUCAAGACAAUUUGGUCCACUAUGCUUCGUUUAUAUGAAUUUGAUCUCACUGAUGGAUAUUUUCCCACUGUAAAUUAUACAACAAUGAUUCACACCCCUGAAAACCCAGUUAUCCGAUACAAACGAAGAUCAAAAUGAAAAAGACAGCAAGGAACUAAAAUGUGAAACAUCAGUGUAAACUGCAAAAGCAUUGAAGAGAAUGAAGUUUAUGAAACAACUCCCAGUGUACUUUUUUUUGAGUGUGUAAUUUUAAAAGACAGCCAGCUUAACUUACGGUUUUUAUAUUUUAACUGAAUGGUUCUAUCAAAUCCAAUGGCAUUUCAGAAAUUUCCUAAUAGUUUUAUGAUGGAUAAAGGAAAACUAUAAAUUUCUAUAUAGUUGGUUUCCUUUCCUUUAAGGAAAUCAGGCUCAUUAGUUUGGGGGGGAUCUUUGGUAAUUGGCAGAUUCUAAGUAACACAAUUUCCAGGUAUUAAUUUUAAGAGCAUACAUAGCUCUUGGCAAGUAAGUUCAGAGUAUUCAACUCUUGUAAUAGAUCUGCAAGUAUAAAAGUCCAGUGAAAUACUUGGAAGCCUUAGAUUAUUCAUUUGUUGGGCAAUGUAUGUAUGUGUGAGGAUGGGUGGGUAGGGAAUAAACUCACCUUUAAAGCCUUGGAUAAAAGAGAAUCCUAUUGUUUUGGUAUGAUGAUAUUUAGCAAUGAUGGAGCUAUACUGUAGGAAAAUAUAUUUGAAAUAACUGGAAGUACUGUCUGUAGGAAAUUGAGAUCUAUGACAAUGACUAAUUGUUUUUCCUAAAAAAUAAUUAAUAUGAAAGACUGCUUGUGUAACUUGAUCUAAUUACUAAAUAUUACAUAUUUAUCUGUUUGAUAAAUUUGUAUCUGGUUCCACAUAGUUGCAUCUGUGUGGAAGUCCAAAAUAAAGUCCUUGAGGGAUAAAUUUUGUUCUUUGGCUCAAGGUGGUUCCUGCUUCCUCUCCAGAAUCUAAUUAGGGAUGUUUGUUACUAGUUCUGUUAGUUUAGGUUAACAAGCUUUUUAUUUUUUUCUUUUUAAAUAGAAAAUCUGAGAUCGGGGAAUCUGGCUUUAAGAUAAGGGUAAUACGAAGCAGGGGUCUUGGGAGCGUAUCACUGGUCAAAUUCUGUGAAGCCUGUGUUCAAGAAUCAACUCAAAUUGUAACUGGAGACGUAACUAUAUGAUACCUGUAAUUUGACCACGUACUUUGUUAUUACUAGAUGGGGUAAACAUACUUUCCCUUAUGUAUAUUACAGUUCUGUUUAAAAGGCUGGAGGACUCAUGUUAAACUCUACUUGUGAAGCUAAAAUCUGUGUUGUUGAGUUUUUCACAUUAAAAUUAUCUUUGAGAGUACAGUCUGCAUUCA